AUGGAUCCCCCGACGACAGCCGGCACGGUAGCCCACGCCGCCACGCUCGCGGCAACGGCCGCCGCCUACCUCCGCGUCUUCGACCCGCUGGACGCCAAGGCCAUCCUGUCCAUCCUCGGUGACAGCUACAGGUACGAGUUCGCCCCGGCGUCCCUGGACCCGCCGCCGGCGCUCGACGCCCCGGGGUUCGACGCCCACCUCGCGCGGAUGCGGCGGGUGAUGCGCAGCUUCCCCGUGCGCGAGAUCAGGUCGUGGCCCAACCCGUCGCUGAACCAGGUCGUCGUCUGGGCGCGGUCCGAGGCCUUCUUCCACGACCGGAUCAUCGAGGGCGCCAGCGGUGGCCCCUCGGGGGGAGUGGACGGUCCGGAGCGAGUACAUGUGGGUGAUCACCAUGGACGGGACCGGCGAGAGGGUGGAGCACGUGCUCGAGUUCCUCGACAGCAAGACUACGGAGCAGCUGCGGGCCUUGAUCGCAAAGGCCUUCAAGAGGCUAGAGGUGCUGGAUGGGGAUGGCUCUCGGGAGGAGCCGGGGGGCUGGAACUUCAAGUAGUGGUUGCAGAUGGACAACCCACUGAAACUGUUGGCUCUCUGUCUCUUCCCUGA